AUCUCAUCUUGCAACCAAGUGCCAUAGCCAUCUGCCUUUAUGGCUGCUUCUUCUUCCACAACUUCUACUGUGGGAAAGUAUGACGUCUUCAUUAGUUUCAGAGGGCCUGACACGCGUGACAACAUUCUCAGUCAUCUACAAGCUGCUUUGUGUAGAGCAAAGAUUGAAACUUUCAUUGACAGUGAGCUCAAUAGAGGAGAUUAUGUUUCAGAGGCCCUCCUGAGAAUAAUCGAGGAAUCAAAAAUCUCUCUAGUCAUUUUCUCUAAAAACUAUGCUGGUUCAUGUUGGUGCUUAGACGAACUUGUGAAAAUCAUGGAAUGCAAGGAAAACAAUGCACAAAUUGUUAUACCAGUAUUCUUUAAGGUGGAACCAUGGCAAGUGAGAAGGCAGUUAGGGCCUUUUGCCAAAUCUUUGGCUCAGCAUGAAGGCCAUCCCAGGAUUCAAAAUUGGAGAGAUGCAUUAACCAAAGCUUCUAAUUUAAUUGGAUGGGAUUCAAAGGUCAUAAGGCCUGAGGCUACUCUUAUUAAAAAGAUUGUGACAGAUAUAGGAUGCAAACUUCAGUAUACAUCCUCAAGCAAUUUUGAUAGUCUGGUUGGAAUGAGUUAUCACUUUGAGCGAAUAGAAAUAUUAUUAAGCAUGAUUUCUAAUGAAGUUCGCAUCAUAGGAUUUUGGGGGAUGGGGGGUAUAGGUAAGUCAACCCUUGCUAGAGCUUUCUUUAAUCAUGUUUUCUCCCAAUUCGAAGGACAUUGUAUCAUUGAAGAUAUCAAAGAAACAUGUGAGAAGCGUGGGAUAAAUGUUUUACGGGAGAAACUUCUCACUGGAAUACUGAAGGAUGAGAACUUAAAUGUAGGCACUCCUAAUCUAGGAAUUCCUUUUAUAAGGGAUAGACUCCGUCGUAAGAAGGUUCUUAUUGUUUUGGAUGAUGUAAACGAUUUUCAGCAGAUAGAACUCACAGUUGGAAGGCGUGAUUGCCUCGGUCCAGGAAGUAUUACCAUCAUAACAAGUAGGGACAAACAAGUGCUUAACAAUGGAGUUGAUAGGAUCUAUGAGGUUCCUGGAUUAGAAUACUAUGAAGCUCUUUGCCUCUUUAGCCAAUAUGCUUUCAAACAAAACCAUCCGACGGAUGAUCAUCAUAUGAGACUAUCAAACAGGGCAAUAAAUUAUGCUAAAGGUAAUCCAUUGGCUCUUAAGAUCUUCGGUUCCUAUUUAUUUGGAAGGAGCGAGGAAGAACAAGAAAGUGCAUUGAGUAAACUAGAGAGAACCCCGAACAUGGAUGUGCAGAAAGUGUUGCGAAUCAGUUAUGAUGGACUGGACGAUGAAGAAAAAAAUAUUUUUCUUAAUAUCGCAUGUUUUUUCAAAGGAGAAUACUGUACUGAAGUAAAAUGCUUUCAUGAUAGCUGUGGUUAUUCCACGGAUAUUGGAAUGCGUGUUCUUAUAGAUAAAUCUCUUAUAACCAUUCACAUGGGUCGAGUACGGAUGCAUGACCUGAUACAGGAAAUGGGCCGAGAAAUUGUUCGUGGAGAAUCCAUUGCAGAGCCCGGGAAACGCAGCAGGCUAUGGGAUCCUCGUGACAUAUCUCUUGUGUUGGCAAAGAACACGGGGACUGAGGAAGUUAAAGGCAUAAGUUUUGACAUGCAUAACAUAAGAAGCUUCAGUAUAAACCCUACAGCAUUUGAAAGGAUGACCAAUCUGGAAUUCCUCAAAAUCAAAGUCGAUUUGUCCACGUUGCACCUUCCUCAAGGCCUUGAAUCUCUCUCUAAUGAGUUACUAUAUCUGUAUUGGGAUCGAUACCCUUUGACAUAUUUGCCAUCGAAUUUUUACCCGGAGAAUCUAGUGAAGCUCAUAAUGCGCCACAGCCAUGUUGAACACCUGUGGAAUGGAAGACAGAACCUAGCGGGCUUGAACAUGAUUGACCUCGCUUACUCUAAGAAGUUGAUUGAAAUUCCAGACCUGUCAUUAGCUACAAAUCUUCAAAAACUGAUUCUUACAGAUUGCAAAAGUCUUAGGAAUCUUCCGAGCAAUCUUUCUAGUUUGAAAACUCUGAAUCUUAAUGGUUGUUCUCACAUCAUGAAGUUUCCAGAGGUCUCAAUGAACAUUGAAAUCUUAAAUUUAGGUUGGACGGCAAUAGAAGAAGUUCCUUCAUCAAUUGACUGUCUCACGUCCUUAACUUUGUUGAACCUUGGAGGAUGCAAGAGGCUUAAGAAACUCCCCACUAGCAUUUAUGAACUGAAACUCAUCCGGAAUUUUGGUCUAUAUUUGCCGUCAUUGGAAAGGCACCAUCUUGUUUGGUUAUCUGGGGUAGUAUAUCUAAAUCUCUCGGGGAACAGCUUCCAGGAAAUACCUGAUGCCAUCAAUCAGUUCACUAACCUACAACAUCUUUACCUAGAUGACUGUAAGAGGCUUCAAUCAUUACCUCAACUUCCAAUGAAUGUCCACCGGAUAUAUGCAAGGAAUUGCGUAGCACUGGAAAUGGUGGCCAGCCCUUUAACCACAGCAUCAAGAGGUGAAUUUGAUUCUGUUGUUGUGUACAUUGAGUUCAAUUUUUCCAAUUGUUUCAAAUUGGAUCAAAACGCACAAAACAGCAUUGUGGCUGAUGCAAGAUUGAAGUUGCUGUGUUGGGAAGCCACAUGCCCAGAAACUUUUUCCCAGACAACCAAAGCGGCCAGUAUCUCGUUUGUGGGAGGUGACAUUCCAGAUUGGUUCAAAUAUAAAAGCAUGGGAUCCUUGCUAACUGCAAAGCUUCCAAAGCAUUGGUGUAAUUCUGAGUUAUUCUGCCUGGUUGUCAGCGUUGUUCUUGAAUUCAAGGACUUCCCUAGGUAUGGAAAAUUCAAUAUUCUUAAGUAUGAUUGCCAUAUAAGAAACAACAUAGGUGACAGCUCCAGUGGCAAGGGUUAUUUCAAUUUAGCAGCAUGGGGAAUUAAAGAUACUAUUCAGUCAAAUCAUGUCGUGUUAAUUUAUGAACAAUCAUUGAUAAAUGACUGGAGAAUGAUACCCAAAGAAGCAGGUGAAGGAGAUGUGAUGUCAAUUGAAUUCUACAUUGGAGAAGAUUCUAGAAACUAUUGUAAGAUCAAAGAGUGUGGGAUCCAUUUGCUAUACAAGCUUGACGCCGGAGAUGGAUGUAGUACUUCAACUAUUGAACAUAACUCUCCUAGUAGGUUGACCCAGGUCGACUAUGAUAUGGAAGAAACGGUACUGGUAGGAGAUGCUAAAAGUAAUGAAGGCUAUGAUGACAAUUGUUGCAGUAUGGACAACCUUGUGGAAGAUUCAUCUUCGGUGAUGAGGAAGAAAAUGAGAAAGUAAGAAAGAAGCUAAAUUUUUCAGGGUUUUAUCUGUUUCUCCUAUGUUUGUCUUCAGUUCAAGAGUAAGUCACCCUCUGCCCUCUUAUUGCAUUUUAAGCUUGCAGAGCAGUUCCCUUUUCGAAGCUUUUUAUUCAUUUUCCUUUUGUAAUACUGUUUUUGUACAUAUUUUUCAUUUUAUGCUACUCAAUGUAUUCUAAUUCCUAUAACUUCCUUUAUGUGGAAGCUUUUAUUUCCCCCUGUGCCCUGCAGAAAGCCUUCCAGUCAAGAGCAAAUAUCUAAUUUGUUUGUCAACACUGCCUUGAAAACCCAGUUGGUAAUGUGCUAUGUAUAAUUUGUAUUUUGUUCUUAGGUGUUAUGAUCUUGUCAAUUCCAACUUAGUCGUUGAAGGGUCCUUCAUGAGUUCUGAUGCAGCUGUGAUCUGCUUAUGUUUAUGCGCAUCAGAGCUUGAGAGUGAGUCACCCUCUUGACUUCUUUUUAACUUAAAAGAAACAGGUUCAAUUUAUUUUCCUUCUCUGUCCUUUUUCUUGCUGUUAUAUUUGUGUUUGUUUAUCUUAUGAAACUUUAUUGCCCCUAAUUAUUUCUCUGGAUAUUCCAAUUAUGAAUAACUGCCUCUGUUGGAAAUGCUGAAGUUACCAAUGACUUAUGGAAUAAUUAAACCAAUCUUCUGAAGUCAUUUGGGAAAUAUUUUCUUAUAGGUUAAAAGGCAGCACCUUUCUUGCAAAAUGCUAGAGAAACUCUCUGACUGACUGACUGAUGGUGGUGGUGGAGCUAGUUUGCAGGAACAACUUCUGUUCACAACUCGUGCGGUCAAAACUUAUAAGACUGAUUUGGGUAGGAGAUAAUUUUGAUUGCAGGGCAAUUGAGGCAGCCAACAAUGUUGGCCGGAUUACUCUUGAUGUGGAGCUCUCAAGCAUUCCACAUUGAAUCAUUUCAUCAAAGGCAGCAGAUGGAUGGCUCUUCAAGGUGUCUAAAUGUGUGAUCUUGUAUGCAGUAUGAUCUUGGACAAUAACCGUUAGGUUGUAAUCAUUUCUUUGGUUAAAAUGAAUGGUUUCUAGUGCACUGAUUGCACUUCAAUCAAUCUCCAUUUUGUGAGUUGGUGUUUGUAUUUGUUUUCAUUGUGCUUGCCAUUUUUUUA